CCAGUUUCCACAACAGUUUGAGUUAGUGGCGGUCUGGAUCGUCUGGAUCGUCUGGAUCGUCUGGACCUGAAUUCUGAAAGCCCGUUCUUCCCUCUACCCCUCUACUUGAGUCUCUCUCGAGAUUGGACUACAUCAUCAUCAUCAUCAUCGCCCCCGGCCCUGCCUUUCUGACCCCAUACCAAUUAGCCAGGAUGAGUGAUCUACCCGUGCCGGGUUCGGUGGCUGAUCUGCGGGCCCACAUGGAGGCCCGCCUCUCACUGUGCUCGAAUCUGGUGUCAUUGGCCCAGGAUGGCCACCCACCCUCCACUGUGGCCGUUCUCAACUCCUUGGCCUUGGCCUUGGCUCAGAUGAAGCAGAGUCUCCGGGAAAAUCGGGGCCUGCUCCAAUCCUGGAGAGAAGAACAGGCCAAGGCGGCCGCUCUUUUGAAAUUGAUGUCUGAAAAGAAGCUCAUCAUUGAUUCCAUCACUCAGAAGUUGCCUGAAUGUCCUUACUUACCUCAGAACAAAAUUGCCCAAGGACAGACACAAGCAAAGACCCAGAUAAAAACUCAAAAUGGCCAUUCUCAACCUCCGACCAAGAAAGGGCCUCUGGUCCGGAAAGAAAAACCGACCACCAUUGUGAAAGAUGCUGUCUCCUACUUGACCCUCCAAGAAUUUGAUGCCAUCCCAAAAUAUAUGUUGGGACGGUUAUCCUACGAGGCCAUCAAUCAAGCUAUUGACGACUACAACCAAGCUUUGAAAGAUAAAUACGAAUUUUACGGCAAAGGAUUCCAGUCCAUGUCCUCGAUGAAGGAUAAGAAACGUUAUAAAGAAAUGAAGGCCCUCGAAACGAAGGAAACGCGGGGAUUUCAAUUUUUGGUGUCUGAAGAUCUCAAAUCCACCACUCAUCUGAAGUCCGAGUCUGCUCGAAAGAGCAUCUUUACUAUCUUAAGACACUUUAAGCGCGUCAAAGAAGUUCGCGGACCUGGAUCAAUUUUGCGUUAUUGUGCUCUGGGAUAAUAAGCCUAGUUUUAUUAAAUCCAAAGUCAUAUUUCAGUACAAUCCACAACCCUCAGGACACUUCACCUGCACAUAUUCGCCGUAGUUACCCUAACACGUUGGAAAUACAAUUUUACGAAAAAAAGAA